AAUCCUCCGCUAUACCUUUAAUUUUUUACUUUAUUCAGUGAUAAUAAAUGCAUUUAAAUGCCCAUUGUUUUAAUAGCUAAAUUUAAGUGACUUUUCAUUAAGUUCCUUUUGCAUAUACUUCCAACACUUCACAAAACAGUUCCUUUUGCAUAUACUUCCAACAUUUCCACAAAUGCAUAAAUACUUGACACUCAAACACAGAUGAGGAACAAAACACAGUCUACUCCAGGAGAGAAACUAGUUUGUUGGCACCAAAACUGUAAGUGUAAAUGAAAAUAUAGAAAGGAGUUCAACCUGCAAAAGAGAUGGGCAAAAGAGAUGGACAAACCACUCAUCUUUAUACAAAUGAUGACGUUAAAGACGGUGUGUGUGUGAAGAUCAGAAGCUCGAGAGCAGCUGCGGUGUGUUUGGCGCUGCUGUGUGUUCUUCUGCUGACUGCAGUCAUAGUGCUGUGUGUCAUGUUCAUAUCCAAGAAUGAAAACCUGACCAAUGAAAAAAAUGAUCUUCAAAUGAGUCUUGGAAAUAUUAAGGAUGGAUGGAUUUACUAUCAAUCCAGUCUUUACUUCAUUUCCUCUGCGAAUGAGAAGAAGAACUGGACUGAGAGCAGAAGAUACUGUAGAGAGAGAGGAGCAGAUCUGAUCAUCAUCAACAACAGAUUGGAAACCGAUUUAACAAGGAACAUUUCUGAUCAGGUCUGGAUUGGUCUGACUGACAGUGCUGUGGAAGGCACAUGGACAUGGGUUGAUGGCAGCACACUGACCUCUGAGUUCUGGGCGACCGGACAGCCUAACAGUUGCAAUUGGCAAGAUGAGGAUUGUGCCAUAAUUCAGUCACAAGGAUGGACUGAUUAUCCAUGUGAUAGAACAUUUAGAUGGACCUGUGAGAAGAAAAUAUUUUAAAUUACACAUUUUAAUAAAUAUGUGGUCAUUAUAAAGACCUGUAGCAACUCUAUUUGCCCCU